CAAAAAAUCAUUACCGUGUUUCUCUUGAGCUUUCCCGGAGUUUCUUACUCCUUUUUCCCCCAACACGAUUGAUUGGUUUUGUUGCAAGUUUCCUUUCUCUUUCUUUGAAACUCAGCAAGCUCUUUUUAUACCAAUAGCAUUGUCGCUCGCGGCGCACUGUAGCGCAUUAGCUGUCGGUGUUUUGUCAUACCAUUCGUAAAAAGAAGUUUUCUGCCAACUGCUCUGAGAAUUUCGGAUUUCGGCUCUUAUUUAUCUCCCUGGAUCGGUUGCUCUUGGAGGUUCUCUGAGAGGAGGAACGUGCAACUUUAUGGCAUAAGCUCCGUGAUCGAGCUCUCUGCUUGUUGAAUAGAUUUGAGAUCCUUUCUGUUUGUUAAAUGAUUGAAUCUGCUGAUAUAGGAAGCAGGGAGGUCUUUUUUUGGCAUGUGGGGUCGUCAUUGUGAGAUUUCAUCCAUGACUAUGUACAAGCGUGCUUCUUCAAGGGAUAAUACAAACAUGGUAGACGUGGAAGAAAACUCAGCUCUUGUAGAUAAUUCCUUGGACAAGGAAAGUUCAACUCCUUCAUGGAAGCUAUCUUUGCCGCAUGUUCUUGUGGCAACUAUUGCUUCAUUCUUAUUUGGAUACCAUCUUGGAGUAGUUAAUGAACCACUUGAGAGCAUUUCUGUGGAUCUUGGGUUUAGUGGGAACACAUUGGCAGAAGGUCUGGUGGUGAGUAUAUGUCUUGGUGGUGCUUUGAUUGGAUGUCUACUCAGUGGUUGGAUUGCUGAUGGAGUGGGCCGUCGAAAAGCUUUCCAGUUAUCUUCCUUGCCAAUGAUAAUUGGUGCUUCUAUGAGUGCAGCAACAAACAACUUGUUUGGCAUGCUUGUUGGAAGGUUAUUGGUUGGCACUGGCUUGGGUCUCGGCCCCACUGUUGCUUCUCUGUAUGUGGCAGAGGUUUCUCCUCCUUUUGUACGGGGCACAUAUGGAGCCUUCAUCCAAAUUGCAACAUGUCUUGGUUUAAUGGGGGCUCUAUUCAUUGGAAUCCCUGUCAAAGAAAUAUCAGGAUGGUGGCGGGUUUGCUUCUGGGUAUCAAUCAUUCCAGCUGCGAUACUUGCUCUUGCUAUGUUUUUUUGCGCAGAGUCUCCACACUGGUUGUACAAGCAAGGAAGAACUACCGAAGCACAAGCUGAGUUUGAAAAGCUUCUUGGAGGAUCAGAAGCGAAAUUUGCAAUUUCAGAGUUAUCCAAGAUGGAUAGAGGAGAUGACACUGAUACUGUGAAGCUCUCAGAAUUGCUAAUGGGUCGCCACUUUAGAGUUGUUUUUAUUGGAUCAACCCUCUUUGCUUUACAACAGCUAUCUGGUAUAAAUGCUGUUUUUUAUUUCUCUUCAACUGUUUUUAAAAGUGCUGGAGUGCCAUCAAGCCUAGCAAAUGUCUGCAUUGGAGUUGCUAAUUUGUUAGGAUCUAUCAUAUCUAUGGUUUUAAUGGAUAAGCUAGGAAGGAAGGUGCUUCUUUUUUGGAGCUUCUUUGGCAUGGCAAUUGCAAUGGUCCUUCAAGCUGCCGCAGCGAGUUCACUUGUAUCAGACCUGGGGAGACUAUACUUAUCUGUUGGUGGCAUGUUAAUGUUUGUCUUAACAUUUGCUCUUGGGGCUGGUCCUGUCCCAGGUCUCCUACUCCCAGAAAUUUUUCCCAGCCGAAUUAGAGCCAAGGCAAUGGCAGUCUGCAUGUCAGUGCAUUGGGUUAUAAAUUUCUUUGUUGGAUUGCUAUUCUUGCGUUUGCUCCAGCAACUUGGUCCACAGUUGCUUUACUCUAUCUUCGCUACCUUCUGCAUGAUGGCAGUAGUUUUCGUGAAGAGAAAUGUGGUAGAAACCAAAGGAAAGUCACUUCACGAAAUUGAGAUUGCCCUCCUUCCACAGGACUAAAGGAUCUUACGAUGCUACACUUAAUCCGAAUUUUGCAUAUUUGAUCUAUGGACAGCCCUUGUUUUGUCCGCCUUCAUAGGACAAGAAGCUCUAGGCAGGAAUAAUGCGCAGCUUCUCUGAGGUUAGGAGGCUUGUUUGGUGAUUGAUUAGGUGUUCCAUAGGCGGUUGAAAACAUCUCUCAUCGAUCUCCUGCCGGGCUCAAAAUAUUUGAUGCUGAGGAGGAUUUCAUGUAUCCCUUUGACGAAUCAAAAUGUAUCGUGCUGUAAUACUUAAAAUAUGUGUGACCCAAAAGAAGAAGAUCAAUAACAUGCUGAUAAGAGUUGUCCUCACACAUAACAUAUUCGGCGCAAAUGAAGGGACAGUAACAUCAUCUUUUCUGGU